UGAAUGUGAGAUUAAUUCAUUUUAACCCUCCAUAGAAGAUUUCAAAAAUGCUGAGCUGGACAUUAAACUGCUGAGUGUGCAUGUCUGGUUAUGUCUCAGUCAACAAGUUUUCUUCUUACAGCAUUAAAAUAAACAUGAAUCAGGGGUGGGGGGCAGAGCCAUUUAUAUAGAUUUCAACACCAAUAGGAUGUUAGGCAAUAGGCACUAUGAUGGCUGGGUGGGGUGGUCAAAUGAUCAUGAUGACCCAAGGUGAUAAACAUCGAUGACAAUCAUAUCUAAAUACAACACCAAGAUACAAGGUAAACAUACUAAGGAAAAAAAUGUAGGCUAUAGCGUCAUACUAAAACAUAAACAACAGGCUUCAGAGUAGGCCUAAUUAGCGGAAGUGGAAUCACCUGCAAAUAAAAGAGGCAGCAUCUAUUUGAGGAAGUUUUCCUGAUCAGCCACCCAUAAGCUCUGUGAUCAAAACCCCAACCCUCUGAAUGAUCUGUCUGUCAGCGCCCCCUGGUGGAUGGUCAAGGACGAGAACAGAGAGCAAGAACAAUCAGACAGAGAGCAACUAAAAGAGAUGGACGAGCAUAUGGCCAGGCUUCAGGACAUGCUGAAAUAUGAACGGGCCAAAUCCUCUCGCCUGCAGCUGCGGUGUAACCAGCAGGAAGCAGAGCUGAGGCGUAGAGAGCAGCACAGCAACAGACUGAAGGAGAGGCUGUCUCAGCUGCCUGACAGACACAAAGGACCAUCCUUAGAGGUGUUGAACUAUCUACCUGGAAGGCGAGGAAAAAGAGAAGAUCCAAUAAAAUCAUUCAGGUCUACUGCAAAGCAAGAAGAAACUACACUGCGUCUGAUGCUUGAGCGCAGAGAAGCAGAGCUCAGAGAGGCGAUGAAGCUGCGCCACAGCCUCACCACUUUAUUGCAUGCACUCAGAGUCAACAUGGAGCAUACCCUGUCCGAUGUGGUGAACUUUCAGGACAAGGUCCAAACUGAAGACAUGCUGCUGGAUCAGGCUGAGGUCGCACUGGGGGACCAUGUGACUGGAGGUGUGGUUCAGAGUUGGAGGCAGGUGCAGAGGAGACUGUGUGACCUUGUGCCUGAAGGCCACUCUGGUGCUGGUACCGACCGUGACAAGCUCCUGGCUCAGCUAGAAUCUGAACUGAAGGAGAGCCAGCAGCUUGUAAGAUUACAACAGCAGCUUCUGCAGGACAGCCUUGCUUCACCAGUUCCCGCUGAACUGGAUGAUUCCUACUAUUUGGAAGAGUGGGAGCGUCUUCAGAUGCACUGGGCGGAGCUCAAUCAUCAGAGGAAGACUUUUGAGAGGGAGCGGCAGUCCUUCACUGAUGCUGCCAUCCGACUUAGCCAUGAGCGGCGAGAUUUCGAGCAUCAGAAGGCCUCUCUCCUGAAGCAGCAGUACCUGUGUGACUCGCCUGUUUUAAAUAAACGAGCACACAGCAACAGGAGAGACUGCUCUUCUCUAGCAGAUUUCUCAGGUUUGGGGCCCAACAGCGUAUCUGGCUGUCUUCCAAUUACUCCUUCCUCAAGCCAGUCUGGGGCCGCUGCUUUUUCUGGAUUAAACCAGGGAGCUGUCAGAGUUCAGACUCCCAGCACUCCUGAGCUCUACUCUGCCCUCAAUCUGUCAUACAACUGCAGAUCCACAGAGGUUGAUCAGCAGUCUGACAUAUGGGACGGCAGAGCAGACGGGAUGUUUCACACAACACAGGCUCCACACUUGGACUGGUCAUUUUAGCUGAUCUGGAAAAUAACUUUGAAUUAAAAACAUACUUUACCUUUAUCUUAAAUAUAAAUAAAGAUUUUAUUUUUGCCCUAUA